AAAACUAUGAGACUGUUCUUCUUUGGCGAUUACGACCUCAUGACCAAGAUGUAUGGUAUUUGCAGCUGCAAUGCCCGGUACUGCUGCCUCCACUGCACUGCAUCCCGACAGAGAAUGGCAACACCAAGAGAUGAGAGAGAGCAAUCUCCAGCCCGUACCCUUCAGACCAUCAUGGAUGACUUCCAGAAGUAUGAGGCAGAUGGCUCCAGACGGUCGAGAGCAAAAGACGUCUCACACAGCAUUGUUGCCAAACCUUUCCUAGAAAUUGACACCGAUCAUGUUGUACUUCCCAGUCUGCACAUUUCAUUGGGGAACUUCAAACAAAUGUACGAAUUGGAGGAGCACUGUCACAAGCUUGACUAUACGCUGUUCAAGUUGCGUGUAACUCAUGCAGACAAUGACGACGAUGAGGAAGAUCCAACUAACUUUGACAAGAGGGUGACAGAGGAGUAUACAAAAAGACUUACCCAAGCAAAACAAGGUCUUCUGUGA